AUGAGUCUUUUACCAUCAUACUCACAAUAUGACCCAUUACAACAAUCACACACUUCCAAUACAAACUUAUCUUGUCAAUUUGUAACUCCGCCACAACCAGUAUUGACAGUUCCGCCUCCCAUCGAUCCGCCCGCUUAUUCACCACCUGAUAUCAUAAUACAUGAUGCACGAAAUCAAAAACAAGAAGAAGAAAAUGAUGGGGAAUAUACAAAGUCUAAAUCUUACAAACAGUUUUUUUUCUGUUUAAUGGCAUUCGUUAACGGUGUUACCUUUGUUAUAAGUUGUAUUAUAAUAAACAAAUUUUUGACCGAGUUUAUUGUUUUUCCAGCGGCCAGUCUAAAAAUAUUCUUGAUCGGAUUCCUGUUAGACUUUUUGCAUCGAAUAUGGGAAAUAUUACUCAUAACGUGGCGUUAUGGCAACGUAACCCUCAUAAGCGGUUUAGUCAUGUUUUUCG